AUGUGUCCGCAGCGGACGGUCAAUGGCUCUGAAGAUUGCUUGUAUCUGGGCCUAUACGGUCGCCCCUGGACAGCUGGGCAGCCCCUACGGCCAGCCGUGGUGACCUUCUACGGGGGAGCUUUUAUCCAGGGGUCGGCAUCGUUCACGUUGCCGCCCUCGGCCUAUCCGAUCCUGAACGUGUCUACCGAGACGGACCUGAUGUUCGUCUACCCCAACUACCGCGUCAACGCCUUCGGCUUCCUGCCCGGGAAGGAGGUGGCGGCCGACCCGCUCUCGGAUCUCAACCCCGGGCUCCUAGACCAAGACGCAGCGAUCCGCUGGACGAAGGCUUACAUCAAGCACUUCGGCGGCGACCCGGACAAGAUCAGCAUCUGGGGGCAAUCUGCGGGUGGCGGCAGCGUCGUGGCGCAGGUGAUCGCGCAUGCGGGCGAGAAGGAAACGCCCCUUUUCGACAAGGCGCUGGCCAGCUCGCCAUUCUGGCCCAAGACGUACGCCUCCGAGAGCAACGAGGCGCAGUGGAUCUACGACACGUUCGUCGCGAAGGCGGGCUGUGCCGGCGCGGCGGAUAGCCUGGCAUGCUUGAAGUCGGCGGAUGUGCAGACGCUGCGCGACGCCUCGCUGUAUGUUGCCGGCAGCCAUACUUACAACACAUCGUCGUACACUUGGGGCCCAACGAUCGACGGUCGGUUCCUCACGAGGCCGCUCUCGGAAGCGGCGUCGCUGCCUGGGGGUGCGGGCGUGAAUAUCGAGUACGGCUUCGGCAUGUACAACACUCAUGAGGGAGAGAACUUCAUUCCGCCGGGGUUGCAGAACGCCGAGGCCAGCGGAUCGCCGCCUUUCAACUCGAGUGACGCAAGCUUCGACAUUUGGCUCAGGGGGUUCUUGCCGGGGCUGAGGCGUUGCGAGAUCGAGAAAGCCCGGAAGCUGUAUCCGGCGGUCGGCAGCACGGAGACGCUCAACAGCUACAACGGCUCGUACACGAGAGCCGGCCUUGUCUAUCGCGAUGUAGUUCUCGCGUGCCCGGCUUACUGGAUGGCUGGUGCUGCGCCCAAGGGGAGCUACUUGGGCGAGUAUUCAAUUAGUCCCGCCAAGCAUGCGAGCGACACUAUAUAUUGGAACCAAGUCAAUGCAGUGCAGAAAACGGACCCCCUUCACUACGAAGGCUAUACGGGGGCGUUUGCCUCGUUCUUCAUGACGGGCGAUCCCAACGCCUUGAAGCUGACCGCGUCGAGCGUCGUUGGGGUUCCGGCAUUAGAAACGGGAGAGGAGUUCAACAUCAACGCAGAGGGCUUUGCAGAUCUGGAGCUGACACAAUUCAAGACCCGCUGUGAUUUCUGGAAGAAAGUAGCACCAAGGAUCCCUAUGUAG